UAACGUAAGCAGCACCACACUGUCAAUCAUGUCUACAGACAUCACAUCAGUUCAGUCUGCAACUAAAACUCCAAGGCGAAGGUCAAAGGCCAAGAAGUCAGGAGGACCUACUCUCUCUGAUCGGAUCCUCAAGAUCUUGUCAUCCUCCAAGGAGCGCGCUGGCGUCUCUCUGGUUGCUUUGAAGAAAGCACUGGCUGCCAAUGGUUAUGAUGUUGCAAGAAACAACGCUCGCAUCAAUCUGGCAGUUAAGCGACUGGUGGCCAACGGUAAACUGACCCAGACCAAAGGUACGGGCGCAUCAGGAUCAUUUAAAAUGGGCACGAAGUCUGUAACAAAGCCAAAGAAGCUAAAGGCAAAGAAAGUAAGGAGAAAGAAUACUAAGAAACCUGCUGGAGCAAAGAAAACGCCAAAGAAGAGCAGAAGAAAGAGUUUAAAGAGUCCUGAAAAAGCCAGUGAGACAGCUGCGGUCAACACCAAACGACCAAAGAGAGCCAAGCGAAGAUCAUCCAAAUCAGCCAAAGCAAAAAAUACCAAGAAAUAAAGGAGGAGAUUAUGACUGUCGAUUGCACUCUAAAGGGAUGUUUGCGUCCCUGGAAUGUUAUAAAAAUUUUAAUUUACGCAUUUGGCAGACGCUUUCAUCAAAUGCAAUUUGUGAAUUCAGGCUAUUUCUAUCAGUAUGUGUUCCUUGGGGGAUCA